AUGUCGACCAGCUCUGCCGUCGCGGAGAAGGAAACCACUGCCGAGGAGCAAAUCCCGAAGAAGAUGAUCAUGUCGACCAAGUCUGCCGUCACGGAGAAGGGAACCACUGCAUGUACCGAGAAGCAAAUCCCGAAGAAGGAGAUCAUGUCGACCAAGUCUGCCGUCGCGGAGAAGGGAACUACUACCGAAACGCAAGUCCCGAAGAAGAAGAAACGUGUUGAGACACAAGCGCAGAAGGAAAGACACUACGAGUGCCGAAAGAAGAGUCGAGCAAAAAAGAAGGAAGCCAACGCAAGAGCAGCCGCUUUGAAGGAAGCAAAGAGACUAGCAAAGAACGCAAGGGCUCGCGCAAACCGCCAACGAAAGAAGGAAGAAGCAGCCGCUGCAAAAGCGUCUACGCCGAACGAACCGAUGGUGCCGCUGUCGGUCUGUGAGCGCCUGGUAGAACGAGCGGAACAGACGGUGCCACUGUCAUACACACAGCGGAUGGUGCCGGUGUCUAUUGUCACAGGCAUUCUCAACAAUCAGGAAUCAGUGGUGGAUGCAACCAAAAUGUUGGCUGGCUUAGCCGUCACAACCGUAACCGCUGGCUUGGCCGUCACAACCGGGGAAACAUCCACUGCUGCCCCAAAUAAAGACCCGCGAAGUUUCGCCUUGGACCAGUACGUAAUGACCACUUGCAAGAAGAAGAUCAAGGGCAAGGUGUGCGGUUGGACCAGCAAACAAGUCAAAUUUCAGCAGAAAUCGGAUGGUGAAGUCCGCAAACGCAUUCCGUCUAACCUCCAGAAGAUUUCUUCGGCUGAGUACAACGAGUAGACUUUUUCACAAACAUAAGGGCGAUCGGCACCCCCACACAAGCAACAAGCAGCUCCAGCCUUGAAUGAUUCAAUCCAUCCAGUCAGAAAGUGUAACAGCCCACACCCUACAAAGAUCAGUAGUGUAGCCAAGCAUAACCAAACAUAGAAAGCUGAACUUAAUGAUAGAAAUAUGAUAGCAGUAAAUUGCAGUGCAAGCUUUCUUUACAAAUUUCACUUGCACUGGCCAGCUCGCCAUUGUAAAACCAGACCGUAGAGCAACCGAGACACUCUUGAUCAAGGCUUCUGUAUCUGCUGGAUACUGGCCCGCAACAAUCUUCUCCGUGGUACACCGGCAAAGGAGCCCCUGCUCUGAUUCCAAAGGAGUCCAGCCACCACAACGUCCGAUUCGACGGUCUCCCGUGCAGCAAAUGACAUUCUCGCAGCUGAGUUCACUUCCCAAAACACACGGCUUGUUGAGCGGCACACGCGGGAAGAAUUCAAUCUGGGCAAAAGAUGAAGCUUGAUGAAGCACCACUUGUCCACACUAACGGGACAGUACAUGCCGGACCAAGAAUUCGUAAAAAUUGAACCCAAGGGUGCUCGAACUACCCCUCGUAGGAAGCCACAUUUGAUUUUUCCGAUCUGACGGAGACUGAGGUAGUCGUUUGCGCAGUCUUUAUCACACAAUCACAUACGGUACAGUGCCGUAUCAACGA